CCCCACUGCUCUGGGCACCCUGGGCCAGGGCCUCCCCACCCUCAUCAGGAAGAAUUUCUUGCUAACAUCUGGAUCUCUGGAGCCCUUUUGUUGAGACAGUGUGCUUCCUCUGGGAGAUGAUGUUGCAUCACCUUCUGAUUACUGUGUGGCUGAAUCAUUUUCUGCGAGAAUCGUCUUCAGCAGUUCAAAGUUAUUUUGACACUACAACUCUGUGGCGUUAAGCAGUUUUUCCAAAGUAGUCCAAAACCAUGGAAUUCAUAAAGGUUUUCUGGUUUAUUGGCGUUUUGACCACUAGACUGAUCUGUUUGCAGUGAUAUUUGUAUGUAUAUACUUGAAUGUUCUGAGUUUGCAAAUCUACAUACCGCUGCUUGAGGUUUAACACUUGUUAAACAGUUACGGGUUUCAAGAGCAAAAGAAAGCAGCUGAAAUUACCAUAACUACCAGUUUCGGUACCCGCGAUGGUUCAGAGCUGUUGGUAUGUGCCCUUUACUGGUCAAGAAAUGUGUGUAAGCACUCACAUGUGCGUGCUUCUAAGUGAAAGCUACAGGCUGUGUCUGGAGUGAUUCUAUCUUGUGUCUCCUUCUGGGCUUUGAAGAAGUAGGAAUACAGGCUGGGUAACAUUUGUGCUAGCCUUCGAGGGAAACCUCUAGAUAUCAGCAUUUACUUAAUUAACAGUAUUUCUAGGUAUUUCUCAUGAUCCCGUGAUUGACUUGUGGCAGUCAUGAAAACAAUGACAUGCAUAGAAAUAAUAAUGGAAAUGAUCCUCAUCCGUAACUUAGUUUAGAUUGUGAGUUUUCAGUGUUGCUAUUUCUGCUUUUCGGCGUUUUCUCCUCACAUGAGAAUACCUUUCAGUAAGUAGUUUUAAGGCUUUUCCUUAACUUAGAAUGCUAUUACUGAUAAAAUAUAGAAGUAAUAAUAAAAUACUUUUAAAACUUGAUUUUACAGAAACACAGCUGAUCAUAACGAUAAUGGUGCUCUGUAACAGAGCAAGAUUGGUCACCUACCUACCAGGGGUUUGUUCCUUAGUCAAAAGAGUUGUAAAUCCCAAGGCUUUUUCUACAGCAGGUUCCUCUGGCUCAGAUGAGCCUCAUGUUGCUGCUACACCUCCUGAUUUAUGCCAAAGAACUGUCUGGCCAGAUGAAGUGAUGGGUCCCUUUGGUCCUCAGGAUCAGAGAUUCCAGUUGCCUGGUAAUAUCGGCUUUGACUGUCACCUGAAUGGCACUGCUUCUCAGAAGAAAAGCCAAGUUACAAAGAGUCUGCCUGACAUAUUAGCAGAGCCUUCAGCAAGUGAAAGGCAUGAAUUCGUAAUGGCACAAUACAUAAAUGAAUUUCAGGGUGCUGAUGUUCCACAGAAACAGCAAAUCAAUAAUGCAGAAACGUACUUUGAAAAUGCAAAGGUGGAAUGUGCAGUACAAGCUUGUCCUGAGCUCUUAAGAAAAGACUUUGAGUCAAUGUUUCCAGAAGUGAAUGCCAACCGCUUAACAGUCCUAACUGUCACCCAGAAGACUGAAAAUGAUAUGACCGUAUGGAGUCAAGAAGUAGAGAAUGAGAGAGAAAUGCUUUUAGAAAACUUCAUUAAUGGUGCUAAGGAAAUUUGCUAUGCGAUUUGUGCUGAAGGCUAUUGGGCUGACUUCAUUGAUCCAUACUCAGGAUUGGCAUUCUUUGGACCUUACACAAACAACACUCUGUUUGAAACAGACGAGCGGUACCGCCACUUGGGAUUUGCCGUUGAUGAUCUUGGCUGCUGCAAAGUUAUUCGUCAUAACAUCUGGGGUACUCAUGUGGUCGUAGGAAGUAUUUUCACUAAUGCUGAACCUGACAGCCCCAUCAUGAGAAAAUUAAGUGGAAACUAGCAGUCAUCAGGGUUUCACAAGUUCUUACGACCUUUGCGUUCUUUUAUUUGAUGAUUCUCUCUAAGCAUUGUCAGGAAAUGCCACACCACUCUUAGAUAAUAAAGUAGCUGUUAUUUAUUUUAGUCUUCAUGGAUAUGCGUUCACCACAUGUGACUUAGACAAUUAAUUGGCAGUGUUCAAACAGAUACCUUUUUGCCACAUGGAUUUUAAGCUGUGAGUUUCCAUCAUCUUGAAUGAGUUUAAACAUACAUGUACAUAGCAAACUGCUUAAUUGUUUUGUCUUUCAGUGUAGGACAAAUCUGUGCUCUUAGUAUUAAAAAUCCUGAUGCCACUGAAGUUUCUAGGAAUCUUGCCACUUACUGGAAUAAGUAGGUGUCAAAAAAUGGAAUAAGCAAUAAAAUUGUUUGCCCAGAAUAUAGAACUUAAUAAAAACUGCAGAAAGUUAAUGCUGGGCUAAUCACUUGCUCUUUUAAAAUGAAAGUAAUGAUAUAAAUGGUCUCUAACUCCAAGUAAUACUUCAGGAGGGAAGUGUUCACUCGACUGCUACAUCCAAAGACUCAAUGAAGAGUCCUAAAUUACUCUAGAAUCAGUCAUCUCUUAAUGUUUUUUGUCUUCAUGUUGCUUGGGAUUUUUUUUCUCAGUGUUAGCUAAAUAUGUUUAAUUAGUUUAUAUAUGUAAAUGUAAUUUAAAGUUGCUUUUCUAACUUCUUAGGUCAUUAAAUACAUCAGGUAAAAAAGAUAAUAGAGCAGUGCUUGAAUAUCAUCAUUGUUUUCCUGUACUUGGACACAAUUUAGACUUGUCUCUGUGGAAUUUUGAAAUGCCUGCAUAAAGAGCAAUUAUGAUCAAUUAUUGCAAUUAUGAUCAAUUAUAAAAAUAUCUCAACAGGAAGGUUUCAGUAAACCAGUCAGUCUCUUCAGGUAUCAUAAAAACAAUCAGGUAUUUUGAAGUAACUGGAGGGAGACAGUGAAGAACAUUCGAGGCGUCUGGAAUUCAAAGCUCUGCCAGCUGCCUCGUUGCAGAGACAACUAACAAAGUAGAUUUUAAUCUCAUCGCAGUUGCCUAUCAGGCUGUUCGUUACUGCACCGCUGCAGUAGCUGUGCUGGUCCGUGCAACGACAGGAAGCCUUCAGUCUUGACUCUGCCGAAGCAUAGUGCAACUUGUGUCUGGGUGGUGGUUGCACACGAUGAUGAUCUGAGAGGUUUAGCUUCCUUUCAGAAAGCUAGGGAUUUUAAUCAUUGUGUCUUUUUCCAAUGUGAACUAACAUUUAUGGAUUUAAAACUUGUUCUAGGUUUGUAUACUGCUUCUAUUCCCUACUCAGGGUCUAAGCCAGUUGUCACCAGUGUCUUUUUAUUGGCUUUAACGGGUUUAGAACCAGAUCCUUUAUGAAGUGCCUGUGUCUGUUCUUGUUGAUGAGCUGCAAGCCCAUAACUUUGCUGGAUCACAGAGGUGGAAAUAAGAAGGGUUUUCCACUGGCGAAGCGAGUGCUCUCAACUCAAACUGCCCUCACUAAGUUGGCAGUUCAGAGGUUACCUUGCUCACCUACCAUCAUUGGCAUCACUGUUGGCUCCAGCCUGCGCACAUCCCGAGGAUGAGGUUGUAUGGCUGUUGAGGCAGGAUUUAUUUAUCACUUUGUGGUCGACUGUGUGCUGUAUUUCCAGAGCCCAAGUUCUUGACCUCCACUCUACUGUCCAAGAAAGCUGUAUUACUCACUCUUCUAUUGAGUUGGUUUUUUUUUUCCUCAUUCUCAUCAAGAGGAUUAAAAAAUCUUGAGAAGCU